AUGCAUGUGACUGAUGAAGAUAGUAUGCAAAGAAUGUUUUUUACCUAUCAUCAAACUAGAGCACAGACCUCACUUAUUGAGUUGUAUGUUGAGUUCGAAGAAAUCGAUGAUGUUGACUUUCCAGAACCCAACAUAGACUGGGUGGGUUAUAAUACUGAAAGCGAUGAAGAGUUUGAAGGUAAUUAUGAAGUUAUUGGUCUAACUGAAGAUAUAGAUGAAGAUGAGAUAAUGGUUGAAAGAGAUGUGGCUGAUGUUGCAAAUGCACUAACCGGACAACAUCCAUAUGGAGAGCCAUCUUUUAUGCACGCUUUGAAUCUGGAUGCCAUGCAUGCACCAGAAUUUCCUGAGUACGUCAAUACAGCCCCAGCUGUUGUAGCUACCGGUGAAUUUGCUGUUGGAAUGGAAUUUAACUCUAGAGAGGCUGUUACUGCAUCAGUUAAAGAGUAUACCAUUCGAAGAGGAGUUGAUUAUAGGGUAUAUGAAUCAGAACCAACAACAUUCUAUGCUAAAUGUGUACAGUAUGGAACAAGUUGUGAUUGGCUUAUCAGAGUUAGUCUUAUGAAAAGACAGUAUUGUUGGGUGAUAAGGAGGUACAAUGGUAGUCACACGUGCACCAGAAGUACCAUAUCUCAGGAUCAUGCUAAACUGGACUCUGAAACAAUUGCAGAAGCAAUAAAGCCAUUAGUUGAGGCUGACUCGUCCAUAAAGGUAAAAUCUGUCAUUGCUGAAGUACAAUCGAAGUUCAACUACACGAUAAGUUAUCGCAAAGCAUGGUUGGCCAAGCAAAAGGCAGUGGAAAAAAUAUUUGGUGGGUGGGAAUCUUCAUAUGAAGCUUUGCCCACAUGGUUUGAAGCAAUGGUUGCAAAAGAACCAUCAGCAGCUGUUGAGUAUGAAACUGCAUAUGGCUAUCGAGGGGAUGAGUUAGUUGAAGAUCUCCGGAUUCUGACACGAGUCUUCUGGGCUUUCUACCCAUGCAUUAAAGCAUUCAGAAGUUGCAAGCCAGUGGUUCAGAUUGACGGCACACAUUUGUAUGGAAAGUAUAAAGGAGCUCUUUUAGUUGCAGUAUCACAAGAUGGCAAUGAAAAUAUCGUGCCGCUUGCAUUUGCCAUAGUCGAAGGUGAGACUGCCGAUGCCUGGCACUUUUUUCUUAGCCAUUUGCGAACACAUGUAGUUAAUCGGGAUGGUGUUGCCCUUAUCUCUGAUCGACACGAGUCAAUCAUCUCAGCUGUGGGUCAUAGUAAUGGAGCAUGGGAAUAUCCGAUAGCUAUUCAUAUGUUUUGCAUCCGACAUAUAGCAUCCAACUUUUUGAGGAGUUUCAAGGCACCACACCUGCAGAGGCUAAUUGUCAACAUUGGCUAUUCUAGAACAAUGCGUGAAUUUGAUACGCGUUACCAGAGAUUAUGUGAGCGGGGGGAGGCUUACAAGCAGUGGUUAGACCGGAUCCCUCGACAGCAGUAUGCCUUGGCGUAUGAUGGUGGACAUCGUUGGGGCCAUAUGACAACUAACCUAGUGGAGUGCAUUAAUGGAGUAUUGAAAGGGGCACGCAAUCUUCCGGUCACAGCCCUUGUUAAGGCAACUUUUUACAGGCUAAAUGCAUUGUUCACAAGGAAGAGAGCUAAGGCUGAGGCUCGUAUAAAUGCAGGACAACUAUUCUCUGAAUAUGCAACUCAGAAAAUUCUGUCAAAUCAGCGCUCAGCGGGAAACAUUCAAGUUAACUUAUUUGAUAGGCAGAACGAGGUAUUUGAAGUGCGCGAAAUGCCAAGUGGGUUAGAGUUUGCAGUAAACUUGCGCCUUCAGCAUUGUGAUUGUGGUGAGUUUCAGGUGGAUCGAAUUCCAUGUCGCCAUGUAUUUGCCUGA